GGCGCCCACCCGCCGUGCGCGGGGCGCGCCCUGGCCAUGAGCUCUUCGCCGCCGCCGCCGCCUCCGGCCGCCCGCCGGGGCUUCUACCGCCAGGAGGUUGCCAAGACCGACUGGGAGGUGCGCGCCGUGUACCAGGACCUGCAGCCCGUGGGCUCGGGCGCCUACGGCGCAGUAUGCUCGGCGGUGGACAGCCGCAGCGGCCUCAGGGUGGCCAUCAAGAAGCUGUACCGGCCCUUCCAGUCGGAGCUGUACGCCAAGCGCGCCUACCGGGAGCUGCGCCUGCUGAAGCACAUGCGCCACGACAACGUAAUCGGGCUGCUGGACGUAUUCACCCCUGACGAGAGCCUGGAUGACUUCACGGACUUCUACCUGGUGAUGCCGUUCAUGGGCACCGACCUGGGCAAGCUCAUGAAACACGAGAAGCUCAGUGACGAUCGCAUCCAGUUCCUCGUCUACCAGAUGCUCAAGGGGCUGAAGUACAUCCAUGCCGCAGGCAUCAUCCACAGGGACCUGAAGCCUGGAAACCUGGCUGUGAAUGAGGACUGCGAGUUGAAGAUCCUGGACUUCGGCCUGGCCAGACAGGCGGACAGCGAGAUGACGGGCUACGUGGUGACUCGGUGGUACCGGGCGCCUGAGGUCAUCCUCAACUGGAUGCGCUACACACAGACAGUCGACAUCUGGUCGGUGGGCUGCAUCAUGGCCGAGAUGAUCACCGGGAAGACGUUGUUCAAGGGCAGCGACCACCUGGACCAGCUGAAGGAGAUCAUGAAGGUGACGGGCACCCCUCCGGAGGAGUUUGUGCAGAGACUGCAGAGUGCCGAGGCCAAGAACUACAUGAAGGGGCUCCCGGAGCUGGAGAAGAAGGAUUUCGCUUCCAUCCUGACAGACGCGAGCCCUCUGGCCGUGAACCUCCUGGAGCAGAUGCUGGUGCUAGACGCGGAGCAGCGGGUGACGGCCGCGGAGGCGCUCACCCACCCCUACUUCGAGUCCCUGCACGAAACAGAGGACGAGCCCAAGGCCCAGAAGUAUGACGAGUCUUUCGACGACGUGGACCGCACGCUGGAGGAGUGGAAGCGUGUCACCUACAAAGAGGUGCUCAGCUUCAGGCCUCCGAGGCAUCUGGCAACCAAGGUUUCCAAGGAAACAGCCUUGUGAAGAGCUCUGGGCCCUGAGGGUGGCCCUAGGGACUCGGGGAACACCAGCUGCGGCUUCCCACCUCUGCCUCCCUCUGGAAGGGGAUCCUGGCUCUGCCUGGCACCUCAGUGACCUCCUUCCCUGGAUCCCACCUCAGAUCUGCUCCUUUGCUCUCCAGGCCUAAGCUGACCCUUGAAGGAACCCCCUGGGUUUCAAGACAGGACUGGAUGGGAUAGCUCCUGGCCAUGUUCCAUUCUCCUGUGCUCUGGCUUUGCCGAGGGUGGUGCAGGUCACUAAGAAGGACACUUGGGUGAGGCCCCCACAGAGGACCUUCCUGGGGUGUGGGGGCUAUGUCAUGGCCAUAUGACUAAAAGAGAAUAAACUCUGUAGACGUGU